AUGAAGAUCGAGUACGAGUUGCCGAACACCACCUUCGAGCCGGAGACCAAGCAGCACGCGGUCGAGGUGUUCGAGGCAGUGGAAGCGAACCGAGCGCUGCCAGGAAGCGCCGAGGAGACGCACCCGACCCUGGACGAGCUACCCGGGCACGAGGCGAUGCGAGAGGAAGCUCAGCACCUGCAAGAGGCGCAGAUGAACGUGGAGGACCUGGUCGACACAGCGAUGCCCCAGGCUCCAGAUGGAUCGAUGGACGUCGACUUCCUGGAGCGGAUCAACGGCUACGACAAAGGCCGCACGUUUAUCAUGAUCUACGAGCUGGCGAUGUUCGAGAUGCGGACGAACGCCAACGUGAACGACGCAGAGCAGGCGGAGGAGAUCGCGUCAUUUCUGACCGAGAUGUGCGCAGUGGACACUGCGGAGGUUUAUUCGCCGAGAAGGUUUGCAGAGACGACGAUCAGGUACGGCCUCACGCGCGGCCUGGCAGUGGAUAUCGAGAUUGGUUGGGGUCUGCGAUUGCCCGAGCAACGAAAGGAGUGCAAGAAGCAGCUGAAGGACGAAGACCCGCUACUGACGAUCACCAGCCCCCCGCGCACGCCAUUCAGCAACUUGCGGACGCCCUCGGACUCAAAGCGAGACCCGAAGAUCGCGGGGGCGGAGAUCCUGGAAGGCGAGACGCACCUCAAUUUCAGCAUGGAGAUCUGCAAGGAGCGCUACAAGGCAGGGAAGCUAUGUCUUCACGAAGCACCUUGGUCAGCGAGUAGCUGGCACCGCCCAAGCGUUCAGGAGGUCAUACAGUUGGCAGGCGUAUUCUUAGUCCAUGGACACAUGUGCCGCUGGCACAUGCAGGCGACCGACUCCAACGGAAAGUUGGGCUUCGUUCGGAAGGAGACCGGGUGGCUCACUAACAGCGAGCUCCUCGCCGAGAUCCUCAAGGCUUACGAGAGGAGCUUCGACGACGAGAAGGGCUUAACCUACUUGCAGCUCUUUGCGGAGGACCACACCCACAUGAAGAAGAUACUGAGGUGUUCGCUGAGUACCAGGACGACUACUUCAUCGACGAUCUCACGGGUGAAAUUUUGGACUCCGAGGGUGUGCGAGCCGCGAGGCAAGAAGAACUUGGAUUGGUGCCGCGGGAGGCAGGCAUGGAAGAGGGCACCUAGACGCGAGAUGCUCGAGAACGGCAAGAAGGCAGUCACCUUGAAAUGGAUCGACACGAACAAGGGCGACCGAACUCAACCACGGUAUCGUUCGAGGCUGGUCGCGAGGGAGAUUAAGAAAGCUAUGAGGUCAGAAGAUCGACCAGAUCAAGCUGAACUAUUCUCGGCCACGCCACCGCUGGAAGCGUUCAAGGCGAUGGUGACCAUCUUCGUCGGCCGCGUGAACGACGCCCACCACGACGGCGACACAGAGGAGAUCAUUUACAAGUUGUACGACAUCUCGAGGGCGGAUUUUUAUGGAGAUGUGAAUCGCGAAGUGUAUGUGGAUUUACCCGAGGAGGAGACCCACGACGAUCCAGAACCCAUGGUGGGCAGGCUACUCAAGACGAUGCACGGCACAGUAGAUGCAAGUCAUGUGUGGCAAGACGACUACAUCGGCCUGACGAGCUCGCACGGCUCCAAGAAGGGCGUCUCGAACCCAGCGCAGCUGUACCACGCCGAGCGCCAUAUACAAGCGGAGGUCCACGGUGACGACUUUGGCGUGAUUAUGCGCAAGUCCCAGGAGGGGUGGUUCGAUGGCGUGCUUUCGCACUACGACUUUAAGAAGGUGAUCAGGGACUUGGGCUUGGAGAAUGCGAAGGAGGUGACUACCCCGGCUGUUAAGAGGUCUGUCGCGGAGAUCCUGAGUAGCAACCAGACCUCGCCGAAGCUGGACGACGAGAAGGUGAAGACCUACCGCAGCGUGACCAUGCGGAUCAUGCACCUGAGUCUGGACCGGCCCGACAUCAGCUACAGCGCGAGCAUGCAGGCUAGACACGCGAAGGAACCGAAGGAGACCCACAUGGAGGAUCUGAAGCGCAUUGGCCGCUACUUGAAGAAGUACCCCGCUGGAAGGUCGCUGUCUCCUGCUCAGAAGCUGCCCAGAAAGGUGCGCGUUUACUGCGACAGCGACUACGCGGGGGAUCCGAUUACGAGGCGUUCCCGAAGUGGAAUGGCCAUUCUAUGGGGGACGCAUUUGCUGAAACAUGGCAGUUCGGUCCAAUCCACGGUGAGUUUCAGCAGUGGCGAGGCCGAGUACCACGCAUUAUUGCGCGGAGCCUGCCACGGUGUUGGAGCACAGGCAUUUUUGGCCGACCUUGGAGUUGAGGUGGACUACGAGAUGGAGCUGUACAUUUUCAGUGAUAGCUCAGCCGCGAGAGGAAGUGCAAUCCGACAGGGACUGGGAGCUGCUCGACACUUGGACGUUCGAUUUCUAUGGCUGCAGGAACGUAUUCAAAGGAAAAGGCUAUUGCUGAAGACGGUCGAGGGGCACUGGAACCCGGCGGACCUGUUCACGAAGGCCCUCGACCAAGACACGAUGGAGCGGCUGAUGAAGCUGAUUUGUUUCACGAUGAAGUUCGACGGCAGCGCGAGGCACCGUGUGCUGUGA